GCCAUCGGCGACCAAGUGGUGACUCUGGGAGACGGGGACGAGGUCGCCGUGGUGCCGCCGCUCAGCGGAGGAUAAAGACAGAGAUGGCCGAGUCGGAGGAGCGCAGAGACGUCUUCAAGCUGAGCCGUGAUUGGCUGUCUGUGCAGGAAGUGGUGGACGUGGUCGGCAGCUCUUCCUGUGGAGCCAUUUCAGUUUUCAUAGGAACGACCCGAGCGGACGAGGACGGCGGCAGGAAGGUGAUUGGUCUGGAGUACGAGGCGUACGAGCUCAUGGCCCAAUCAGAGUUCAGGAAGCUGUGUGCCGACAUCAGAGAGCGCUGGCCAACCGUGACGCACGUCUGUGUUCACCACCGGCUGGGGUGGGUAGCGGUGGGCGAGGCCAGUGUCGUCAUGGCGAUCUCGUCUCCUCACCGCCAUGACGGGCAGCAGGCGAUCCAGCACUGCAUCACCGAGCUAAAGGCCAACGUCCCCAUCUGGAAGAAGGAAGUGUACGACACGCAGGAGGCCAGCUGGAAGGAGAACGCCGAGUGUUCGUGGUCCGCCCACAAUAAACAUGAUCUGGUCACAGAGAACGCAUGAUUAUCAAUAAAAGAAUGAAUUUA